AUGGCUCAGGAGGAGCUGUUAGAAGUAUUACAGCGGACCGCUUCACUAAAUCCAAAUGAUCAAACUCUUGCGUUGGAUUAUUUGCGACGUGCAUGUGUUACUAAUUUUCCAGAAUUCACGAAACAAUUGUCAACGGUUCUUGCAACGCCAUCCUAUUCAAAUUUUGUAAGGCAAGCUGCUGGUUUGCAACUCAAAAACGUUUUAGUUGCAAAAGAAGAUGCAACUAAAAAUGAAUAUCUUACGAGGUGGCUUGCUUUACCAGUAGAUGUUCGAGAGUUCGUGAAGCAAAACGUAGUUCGUACUCUUGGUACUGAACCUUUUAGGCCGUCCAUUGCAGCUCAAUGCGUUGCUGCUAUAGCAUGUGCCGAAAUACCUUCACAAAUGUGGCCAGAUGUUAUAACUCAUUUAAAGGAUAGCGUAAUAGCAACGAACAACAGUGAAAUAUUACGGGAAGCAUCACUAGAGGCUUUGGGUUACAUCUGUCAAGAUAUAUGCGGAACAUUGUUAGAAAGAGAAUCGAAUCAAAUUCUGACCGCUAUUGUUCAUGGUUUACGGAAGGAUGAGCCAUCCAAUCAUAUUCGCCUUGCAGCUGCUAACGCCAUGUUAAAUUCGAUCGAAUUUACGAAACAUAAUUUCAGCAGAGAGAACGAGCGACACAUGAUUAUGCAAGUGGUAUGUGAGUCAUCUCAGUGCCCUGAAACGGCCGUCAAAGUAGUGGCCAUGCAAUGUUUGGUCAGGAUUAUGUCACUUUAUUAUCAAUUUAUGGAGCAGUAUAUGGAUGCACUUUUUCCGAUUAGUUUAAAUGCAAUGAAGUCUCAAAUUAAUGAAGUGGCUUUGCAAGGAAUCGAAUUUUGGUCAAAUGUUUGUGAGGAGGAGAUAUCUCUGUCCGUAGAAGCUGAAGAAGCUCGAGAACAGGGCCGUGCUCCUGAAAAUGUUUCGCGUCAUUAUGCACGUGGUGCUUUAACUCAUUUGAUACCUAUUCUCAGUGAAACAUUGGCCAAACAGGAAGAAAGUGAUGAUGAAGAUGAUUGGAAUCCAGCGAAAGCAGCUGGCGUAUGCAUAAUGCUUCUUGCGCAGUGUACCGGUGAUUCCAUUGUUGAACCAAUUUUGCCUUUCAUCCAGCAACAUUUGAAAAAUCCUAGUUGGAGAUAUCGAGAAGCAUCUAUAAUGGCAUUUGGAUCGAUAUUGGAUGGACCCAAUGAAGCAGUCUUAACACAGUUAGUUGAAUCAGCACUGACAAGUAUUAUUGCUUCCCUUUCUGAUCCUCAGCUACAAGUACGGGACACAGCUGCUUGGUGCAUUGGGCGGGUGUGCGACACAUGUGAAGAGGUGGUAACUCGACAGGAAAUCUUAGCUCCGAUGCUUCCAGCUCUGUCGACUGCUCUACAACAAGAACCACGCGUUGCUGCUAACGUUUGCUGGGCAAUUUCAAGCUUAGCCAAAGCAGCUUUUGAUAUGGCGUGCCGACAAGGAACUGAUAACAGCGGUCAACCCGAAACAUAUAUAUUGACUUCCUGUUUUGAAGGCAUGGUAAACGAGCUUAUUAAGGCUACUGACAGACCGGAUGCUCAUGUGUCGAAUUUACGAAUAGCUGCCUAUGAAACUUUGAUGGAAUUAAUCAAGAAUAGCCCAAAGGAUUGCUAUCCUGUAGUGCAGAAUACCACAGUGAUUGUACUCCGAAAAUUGGAGCAGUUGCUGAACAUCGAGAAUUCACUGGAAUCAUUAAGUGAUAAGAGCCAGUUACGAGAUCUAGAGUCAUUGCUAUGUGCAACGUUGCAAUCUGUUUUGCGCAAAAUGAGGCCGGAAGAUACGCCUUAUAUUGGUGAUGCUAUCAUGCAAGGUCUGCUGCAGAUUAUGCAAAGGUGUGCUGGUAAAGAAUGUGGUGGUGUCAUGGAAGAUGCUUUAAUGGCAGUUAGCACACUUAUUGAAGCAUUGGGUUGUCAAUUCGCCACAUAUUUGGAUGUCUUCAAACCGUUUUUGGUAGCUGGCUUGCAAAAUCACGAAGAAGGACAAGUAUGUUCAGCAGCCAUUGGUGUACUGGUUGAUUUAUGCCGUGCACUAGAGGCAACUUUGAUGCCUCAUUUAGAUGAAUUUAUGGGGUUACUCUUUCAAAUUGUGCAGAGUAAUAAAAUAGAUCGGUUAGUGAAACCAGCCGUACUGUCAUGUUUUGGUGAUGUCGCUUUGGCAAUCGGUCCUAAUUUUACUCGUUAUUAUGAAUAUGUUAUGGCUAUGCUAGUCAUGGCCCUUUCUACUGCGAAAGUAGAAGAUCCGGAAGACUACGAUAAUGUUGAAUAUGUGGAGCAACUGAGAGAAAGUUGUGUGGAAGCAUAUGCGGGUAUUGUACAGGGAAUGCGAACAACACAGAAUAAUGAACUUCAACAGUUGCAAGAUCAAAUACAAAAUAUGCUUGGCUUAAUUGAACUCAUUGCUACCAGUAAUUCACCAGAUUCACUGAUAGGUGCAGCUUCUGGAUUACUUGGAGAUCUAGUGACAUCAUUCGGUGAACAAAUAUUGCCUUUUGUCGAUAAUCAGAAUAUUUCGGCAAUAUUGACGAAGGGAAGACGAAGCAAAGCGGCGAAAACGAAGUCACUUGCCCUCUGGGCAACCAAAGAGAUUCGAAGACUGAAAACAGCAAAAAUGGAAAAUCAUAAUUAA